AUGUUCAGCAGAAACUUAGCCAGAUCUAUUGAGCGAACCAAAUUUUACAACCAGUCAAGGCCAUUUUCAUUAGGGGAUUGGUUUAGGUCGUGGAAGGAUGCUGCUCAGUCGCAACGUCUUAUCUAUCCACCGCCAGCAUCACUGUUCACCACAAAGAAUAGAAUCAUAGAUGUUUGGGUUACAGAAAAACAGGAUAUAUACAACUACAUCAAUGUUAAGCCCCCAUUGUUGCUUAACUUCACUUUUGCUACUCCAAAGGAUAAUAAAGUGACACAAGCAUUAUUUGAUGUCCUUUCGGACAAGUCUAAAUAUCCUCUGGGAAAAGAGCCAGUGUAUUUGGUAAACAUCUUAGCGGAUUCCGAUGGUGGCAGAGAAUUGAUGAUGGAGUACGUUGUUGGAAGUAAAUUGCCAUGUAUAUUGGUGUUGAAGCAUCAACUACCAGUGGGGAAAUUUGUUCCAGAUGUGAAUAAUUUCAGUGAACAAGACAUUAUUGAAUUCUUAAAAGGAGUGUAG